CCGGGGCGGGGGUGCUAGCAUGGUGGACGCCGCAGGUGCUGCAGAGGCCCCGGGGGACGAAUGGGCGCCCGCCCAGGCCCUGGCCGGGUUGCUGAGGUUUCCACCGCCGCGGGCCCGCCCCCGGCCGUGGUGGUUUCCUGUGCAGGAGCUGAGGGACCCGUCGGUGUUUUACCUGGAGGCUUGGCUGGCCGACUCCCUCUUCGGCCGAGACCAAGCCAUAAUUCCAGAAAUGGAGUGGAUGAGCCAGGCCCUGCUGACGGUGGACACAGUUAACCCCGGGAACUUAGUCAAAAUCACCAUCUUUGGACAGCCCCAUGUUCAAAAUCGGGUGAAGAGCGUGCUGCUGGGCCUCGCGUCCUGGCACCGGGAACAUCGUGCCCGAGUUGAGAAGAUGGAACAACUUGAGGAGUUCUUGAAGGCCCGUGCAUCACGUCUCCAGACUCCCCAGCAUCCUGUUGCAUAAGUAUUGUCAGCAGCAUUGUGAGAACAGUCCUGCCUCUGCUACUAAAGUUAAAGAGAAGCGGGUAUUCAUAAUCUCAACCUUCUUUUUCCCUGUGUCUCGAUGGGUAGUGGUUUGAUUGUUUUGAUGCAAACAUGAGUUUAUAGUGCCAUUCUAGUAAAGAAGUAAAUUUCCUUUUUGUUCAACGGCAUAAAGAUCUUUGCUCACUUAAGCAAAUUUGUGCAAGAUUGACUGUUCAUUCAUGUCCCCAUGUGACAAGUGGGUAAAAGGCUGAUAGGUAGUGAUUUUAUUUUUGUUUUUUUCCUUAGUUUCUACCAUUUUGAAACUACUAACCUUUUUAUGAUUUUGUGGUCAGAGUCAGGCCCUCAAGUACAGGGGGCAGAGAUGCAGGGGCAAUCUGCUUUGGGUUUUUUGCAUUAUUUGUUUACAAACUUUAAAAUGUGUAAGCAUCACCUUGAGAGCUUGCUAUGAAUACAAUUUCCUAGGCUGCUUCUCUAGUGAUUCUGAUUCAGUACAUUGGGCUCAUGAAUUUGCAUAUUUAACAAGCUCGUGGGUAAUACCAAAGCCUCUCUGAGGCUCUCACUUUGAAGCUGGUGGUUUGACCCCUGAGAAGCACCAAGUGUACCUUUUCUUCUUGGAGUGGAGCCUCCCUCCGUGCACGUGGGCGGGUGUUCCAACACACAAGCUGAGGCUAUCGGCAUUAAUCCUGCUGGUGCUUGGAUUCACCAGAGGAGAGUCGGUGUCCCGCCAAGUCUGCUGUCUCCUUUUCCCCUGAGGCCUGCACAGGUGUCCUACAUGGGCUGGGUCGUUUUCCUAUUACCCGUUACAAUGCCGUGGCUGAUUUGUGCGAACCAGCUCCAACCCCCUGCUGCCUCCACUUGCAGGAAGCAGAAUUCUUGGAGGAGAAGUUGCCAAGAGCUCUGUGGCUUCAGACACGAUGUUGCAGUUGGUAUAACUCAUGCCGUUUCUUCCCUCUUAGCAGUAAUGGAUUCUAGCCAUUUGCAAGGGUUUUAAGCACACACAUACACAAGUCUUAAAAUGUGCUUCUUUGAUUAAAAAUGAUAUUGAAUGUUUUCCUACUUCACAUUUUUGUAAAAUGCCUUUAUAUUUUUCUUUAUUCAUUUUUAUCAACUUCUUUCAACCCUGAAGAUAAGGAUUUUUAUUAUCUGUAUAAGCUUUUGUGACAAAUAAUUGUCCAUUAUAACCAAUAUUUUCUAUCCCUUUGCUUCUCAAAGUUUUUACAUAUGAAAAAUUUUUCUUCUGUGUAGUUAAACCCACUAUUGUUCUCUGUGUGACUUCCCUCUCAUCCCCACCUCUUUUAAGCUUAGGAACUCUUGCUUUUUCUCCUGCAGAAAUUUUAUAAAUAUUUCUACAGGUUUUUUUCUAGUGGGAUUUCUACAAAACCAUUGGACAUUUUUGACUGUUACUUGGAGGAAGGGUUAUGUUCAAACUUAUUCCAAUUUUCCAAAAAUUAUCCAAAAUUAAAUUACUAAAUGGUCCUGCCCUCCCUCCAUUCUUGAUGUACAUUAACAUGUUGAGUCCUAUCUGCAGUCUCGCAGAAUGAGACUGCAUUUGGAGAUGGGGCCUUUAAAGAGGUGAUUAAGGUAAACUGAGGUCAGGUGGGUGGGCACUCAUCCAAUGUGACUGACCUCUUCAUAAGAAGAGGAAAUACGGACACAGAUAUGUGAGUGCACAGAGGAAAGACCAUGUGAGGACACAGCGAGAAGGCGGUCAUCUGUGAGCCAAGGAGAGAGGCCUCAGAAGAAACCAAACCUGCUGACACCUUGAUCUUGGACUUCUAGCCUCCAGAACUGUGAGAAAAUAUCUGUUGUUUAAGCCACCCAGCCUGUUAGUUAUGGCAGCCCUAGCAAACGAAUACAUUUAAUGUUUUUUUCCUGUGUUCCCCUUCAUCCGUAUGCCAAUACAAUGUUUUUACUACCUUCAUAACCUUGUAAUAUCUAACAAGCAGUUGCUCUGUCACUCUACCUUUCAGAAUUUGGGGGUAAUAUUAACUAUGUGUUUAUUAGAGCUUGUAUCACACACCAGGCCCCGUGCCAAGCACCUAACUAGGAUGCUUGGAGCAUAAGAGACUUGCUAAGGUCAUAGAGCAAGGAUGUGGGGGUGAGUGAGAUUUGAACAACACAUUGAUUCUAGGAUCCAGACUCCUGCCUCUACAUUAUACUUUCCCAUUUGCUUUUAUUUUUCACCGCAGCUGAAUUUAGGCUCAUUUCUCAAUGUUUUUAUUUCUUUUUAGGAGGAAUUAGAAGAAACCUCUUAAUUUGUGAAGAAUCCACAAUAUUCUAUUGAGGGACAAGACAAUGUUUUAUCUAACAAGUUGCUAAAGUAGAGAUAUUUACUAGUACCACACCCAAAAUAAAAAUAGCAUUUUUUUCUGAUAAAUGUACUUACAUGCUCAGUGUUUUUUAAAAAUAAGGCAAUAUAUUAAAAUAAUUACUCAAUCUCACUGCCCAUAUGUUACCUUCAGGUACUACAAAUAUUUUUCUCUUAGUAAACAUUUUAUUGAUACAUAGCAUUCAUAUAAAAACAUGCACAUCCAAAGUGUGAAAAAAUUCAUCAAACAAUGCAAAGAAAACACAUCCACUUAGCCAGCACCCAGGGAAGAAAAGACAUUACCAGCAGUCCAGAAGCCUCCAUUUGCAUCCUUCCCAAGGAUAACUACUGUUCAGACUUAAAUGGAAUUGUUGUAAGAUUUAUCCAUGUUGCGAAUAGUUCCAGUUCCAUUGUAUGAGUAAACCAUAAUUUAGUUUUCUGUUGAUAUAGAUUUUGAUUGUUUCCUGUUUGGGUCUAUAAUGAAUAACGCUACUACGAAAAUUCUCAUACAUGACUUUUGGUACAUACAC